UUCUGCACAGGCAUGGACCUAAGACCUCGGAGAGUUGUAGAAAUCAGUGAACCUACGCGUUUGAUUGACAGUCUAUACGCACGCUGACGUAAAACGCUGAUUCAUGCAUGACUUUAACACGCACAAUAUCACGACAGGUAGUUCGCAGUAAAAUCCAAAACGUGAAUCGAGAACGAAAACGAGUCGACGAAUCGAACAUGGGAUGCGAUGCAGCUGAGAUUGCGGACCUCCUGACGGUAUCGCCUGGGGAGGAGGUCCGGUUUCCCAGCGACCUACCAAACGCAAGAAUUCCUCUGACGCUCAAUAACAUCAAUGCCGGGUCUGUUGCAUUCAAGGUGAAAACCACAUCGCCCGAGAAGUUCCGCGUCAAGCCCAGUUCAGGCGUGGUCUCGCCGGGAUGUCACGUGACCAUCGAGCUGGCGCUCUGUGAGGGCUUCUCUGCGCAGCAGAUCGUCUCCGACAAGUUCCUCCUGUUGGCCACGCCCGUCUCAAACGACUGCCUCUGCAGCAAGGAUCUCGCCAAGCUCUGGAAGAACCUGCCGAACGAUCAGCGUUUCGAGCACAAGCUGCGCUGCGUGUUGGACUCGGCGAAAAGAGACGGCAUGUCCGUCAUGAUCGGCAUGCAGAUCAGGGACCUCAGCGACAAGCUGGAGUGCCUGCAGGAGCGGCUGGACGUGAAGCAGCGGCUCUCUGAGCGCCAGUGGCGGGCCCAGUCGCGGCGCACGCGGUUCGGCCUGUUGCUGGGCACGCUGCUCCUGUUCGUGCUCUCCGUGGACGUGCUGCUGGCACUCACCGGCUCGCGCGGCCACGGCGCCGGCUACGCGCUCUGUAUGGUGCGCAAGUCGGCGCUGGCCGCGUGGACGUCGUGGUUCUGAGGCCGGCUGGGCGCCGACUGACACGCCUCGUCGAGGUCGGAGGUGGCGCCCCGGGGGUGGUGGCCACCAGGGCCGGCGGCUUUAAGGGUCGUGGUUCUUAGGGUCGCUGGAGGUCAGGGUCGUGGACCCUUAGCACCGGCGGCCGGCAGGGUGGGUGGCUCGGAGCGCAGCGCGCCCCAGCGACAUCGCACCAGAAUCCCCCGGAAGGAUGGGCCUGGAACCAGGGCACACGCCCGGCAGCGUCCGUCCCCUGGAGUCGCCGGCGCUGACUGGGCCGUCCACCCCUCCCUCCUCCGACCGCCGAUCACAGUCCCCAGACAGGUGGCGCCAGCUCCUCGACGGCGGCCCAGCCCCGUGUGCAGUCUGCCAGGUCAUGACCGUGGCGCCUGGAGCCCGGCUGUAGAUCUCGCUUGCAAGAGCCACGCCGUGUUUCACCUACUAACCGCCUCCGCAUGCGCUGCUGCGCCGUGUUUGACUGCACCGCGUCAACCGGAGGCCUUCAGCGGUCCCACACCACACCACAUCACCAGACGCUGGCGCGCGGGAACGUUUCAU